AUGACGACACCUUCCUUUUCGGUCCAGCUGAAGGAUGUUCAAGAGGCAGUCUUACCCCUCCUUGUCCCUCCGGUUUCGACAUUCACUGCCCCUCUUCUCAAUAACUUUGCGUCGUCACACGACCCUUUGAUGGAGAGUAACUCUCUCUUCACCGCAAAGUCAGAUCUAGGUACCGUCCAUGUUGAAUUGGAUGCUACCCUCCGAGCCCUUGCUAGGAAUGCCGGAGCUGAUGGGGCAGCAAAGGAUGAGACUCCUGACGAGUUUAAGACAGAGUUCGGAGCUAAAGAUCCCGGGUCUGAUUCCAAGCAGAUGUUAGAGCUCGCAAGGCAGGGUAGACUUCGGUCGAAGCUUCGAGGGUUAGCCGGUCAGCCUGAUGGGCAGACUCGGAGCCAUGUAUCGAUCACACGAGCAUCGAAACUUCGGAGGGAACUGUUCGAUCAGGAGAUCGAGAGGGAAGAGAGGGAAGCCUUGGAGGAAUUCAAGCGGAAGUUGAGGGAGUCUGUGCUACAGUCAUCUACAAGCUAA